GCAGAAGCAAAUGAGACAGAACAACGAGGCGGGAGAGGUAGAAAGAGAGACAGAGAGGGAGGGAGGUGGAGAGGGGCCCCGUGUAGGAGAGAGGGCUACAGGCUGAGGAAGAAGGAGUAGAGAAAAAGUUAAGAGAAGUAGGAGAAAGAGGGUCCAGGAAAAGAAAAGCAAGGGUGCAGAGAUUAACAACUACAGGAGAGAAGAAGACGGGAAACAACAGACAGGAAGGAAGGGGAGGGAGGGAGAGGUCUUGGGUAGAAAACAGGAAAAAAAAGCUGAAAAGUUUUCUUGUGGGAAGACGCAGAUGAGGAAAACAGAGUGAGUGAAUGACUGGGCUAGAGAGAGCAGAGAGGGGAGGAAACCAAUUGUUUUCUAAGGCGUUUUCCACACAAGCCUCUGGACUUCUUUGGACAUGUACACGGAAGGCGCACAAACAACGGGACACCACCGAUUUCUCCAGCACAACAACAACACCACCACCCCUUGCUCCUGCCAGCACUGCGUCCAGCAUGAGCAGCCAGCAUACGGCCAUCACGGUGGGCUGGGAUACCAACCAGCAUCAGCCAGACAUACGGACCACCCAUCUCUGGACUGCAGGAGAGACUUCCAGGCUCCUCGGGUUAAAGACGUAGGAGGGAGAGCUUUCGUAGUGGACAGAGCUGAGAGAAGCGGUCGUCGCAGCCCACAGAGGAGGCCUGUGUUUGCAGGGCCGGGCCCUUACAGCCAGUCAGACGACUUGAGCCAAGUUUGCCCCUGGGAGUUGAACCCUGCCCAGUGGAGCUACCCACCGGAGCAUGGGGUGAGACACUACCCGUCUGUCAGAGAACAGUGUGGCUGUGUGGUGCGCAGCGACACCAGGGCACUCCCCUUUAACGCCGGGAUACCACAUCCUCUUCCCCAUCUUCAGGUCAAAGGUCAAGGGUACAGGCUCAGGAGGACUGUCAGGUAUGUCUCCAUGGAUGAGGAGGAGGAAAGUUGUGGAUGCAACUCUGAAAACUAUCAUUCAGAGCAACACAAUCCACAUCUGGGUCAUUUACAGAUGCCAAAUGGCCACUGUGGACCAAGGCCUGUGUUCUUUGAGGGAGGGGAGGAAAGAGAUAGCCAUCAGGACCGGGGAAGACUGAAGGGUGGAUCAGAGGAGGGCUGUAAUGGACGUGGAGGCUCUCACAAAGGUUUCUUCCCUACUGAAGUCCCCCAAAAACACUUGAACCAAAGCAGGCAGAAGGGGCCCUGCAUCCCACACACUGGCAUCACCGGUCCAGAGCCCUCAAAACCGACAACCAACAGCGACCACCAGCGCCAGGGUUCGGAGGUGGCGAAGCAGAAGAGGCAGGAUUCGGUGAGGGAUCAAAUCAGACAAGUGGUGACAGAUCUGGAGGAUGUGUUGGGGGGUUUGAAGCAAGUUCACGUGGAGAUGAAAGAGGUGGUCCAGCAGAUCGAUCGUCUCACAGCCAGAAUCGACCUCAGCGAGGAGGUACCCUGCAUCACUCAGGGGACGUCCCGUGAUCUUCAAGUCUCAACUCAUCCAGGUGACCUCAGGGUGGCCCUGCUGCCCAAUCACAAGCCUGCUCCAGUCCAGGUGUUGCAACACAUCGACGAAGACCGCAUCAUCUUAAGAACUAACUCUCCCUCUCCUGUUCACAUGGCAUCGGUCGUCAAAACCAGCCGCUUCACUCCACCCAGCCACAGUAAGGACAUCAACCACGAAAGGCCGGGUGUAAACGGCCACCCGCCUCACCUGUAUCACCCCAGAGACCCCCAGUACGUUGGCCAAACUCAUCCUGAGCCACUCCCACAGAGCCUCGACCCUAAAGUCAUUAUUGGUAACAGCACCUCCAAUUCAAGGACUCAGAAGCCUCCUCUGUACCCUCAAAACGGGCGCUGUGGUAAGGGCCCAUACCCGCCUCCCAAGCCUGGAAGAGCCCCUGCCUACCCCGAGAGAGGCAGUGAGAGCACCAGCAUGGUGUGAAGGAGGGGGGUGGUUGCCCCAGUGCCAUGGGGGCCUGAAACAUGAGACCCUGCUGCAACGAGUGGAGGUCAAAGUGGGACCAGGCAGGGGAACAACUCAUGUGUUACUUAGUCAUCACUUCGAGGGAACUGAAAGUUGGCAGGAGCUCAGUCGUUUUUGGCGAAGGAAGACCCCACAGCAGCUUGAUGCAAUCAUGUGACACAAAAGAGGCGUCACUAUAUUUACAGGAUGAUCAUAGCUCUUACUCAGAACUGACUUAAUUUACUGUUAGAGGUUGAUGAGGAGGAGCUAAAGCUUUCUUCUCGUGCCACAGAGCAGACUUAAUAACAAGAUGACAUCUGUGAAAAAGUCCCUGCAGCAGAUGGGGGAAAUUAAACAGAGUUCCUUUAAAAAGUCCACCUUUACAGAUGCUGCAGAGACAGACGUGCAUGUUUCUGUACUUCCCUCUUGUGCAGAGUAUGCGUAACUGCAAUCUAUUUUUCUGGCCUCUCUAAGUUGGGCAAGAACAAUCUGGUUUUAAUCAUAAAACCUGCUGGCCACGUGCCAGAAUGGAGUAAGGCAAACUCUUGGUAUAUUUGUGACGUCCAUAUAAACAUAAGCACCGCUGCACUGUAACGCAGCUCCUCACAUUGUGCUGCAGGGAGAGACGCGCUCCAAGCUUCAGGUCGAAGCUGGCAGCCAGAGAAACGGGUCGAAAAAGUGCAUGUGCUUGAGCUUUCGUUUAUAUAGCGAGACAAGAGUUUAAUUAGUAAUAAGUGUAAUGUAGCCGUUCGACACCGCCCUUUCUUUUCACUUUCAAAGUCUUUUUAAAGAGUCUUUUUAAAAGCACCGAUGCAGUUGACAUUUUAAAGGCCUGAAUAAUCACCCAAAGCAGAAAUGGUGUUAAAAUGGCAACCCAGACACACACACACACACACACUCACACACACACGUGUACAUAUGUAUAAUAUAAUUCCCUCAGAUAACCCUUUUGUUAAAAGGGUUCCCAAUAGCUUGUUCUAAUGUGGUUUCUAGUCGUCGUGGGGUCCAUGAUUAAACACAAAUAACACGGGACACAAAUCUGGAAAUCGACAUUAAUAAUUGUAUAAAAUGUAAAAGAGCAAAAGACAAAUUUAGAAUGAAUAUGAAAUGCAUCAAGACUAAUGUACUCCUACAUUACGUAGAGAGAAAUAAAAGAGAGUUUAAUGGAUACACACAAAGGCGAUAUGGUAAAACUAAUUUGCUUACCACAGGGCUGGGUUAAUAUACUGUUUAACCCCGAAGACGAGAGAAAAAGGGACUAAUUUAUAUUACAACCAAGGCUGAUACAAACUGGGCAACUGCCCCCCCAGAUCCCCGGGGGCCCAAAAAAGCCCCAGCUGUGAGCGAUCAACUGAAAUAAUAAUGGCUUCCUGUGUCAAAAUCUAAAUUUAAAAAUGUUAUUAUUUCAGUUUAAAUUGUGCUUUCAAGGUGCACACUCCUUAAUAAAUGUGUGUUUAAUCAAAUUACCACAUACUAAUUGUUACUCCGCAAUCUUGAGGCCAGGUUUUAUUCCUGCGUAGGAUGACUGGUUUCUGCAGCUCUGGGCUGAAUGUUACGUCUUCAGGUUUAUUCUGUCUUCAGGUCUGUACUUGAUACCUAAAGACAACGUGUUUUACACAAUGCACUGAUAGAAUUUAUUGAAAUCCUGAAUAAACAAUGACAACGUGAGCCGAUUUGUCCCACAUAGAAAAGACAGAUUUGUACAUUAGCAGACCAUAAUAUUUCAUGAUUUAAUACUUUAAUUUUAAUUUAAUGUAAUUUUAAUUUAACAACAUUAACUUUUUAAAAUGUUUUAACUUGUAUACUCUGUUUUCUUUUACUAAUUUGUGCUUUGCAUUUACAUGAUGUGUUAUUAUGCUUUGUGUUUCUGUUGCUGCACAAUCGAUUGUCUUUUGAUUGCACGAUGGGGCAGUCGAUCGUGGACCACAGAUCAUUUUUGCCCCGGGGCAUUCUUUCGGUUUGAUCUCUCCCGACCCGGUCUCCUACAUUACAUUCCCGUACAACAGAACUGCAUUAUUAGUUUUGUUUUGAGGGAAACUUAUUCUCUCUCUCUCGCAGUUUUAAACACGUUGUUAGGUUUAGUAACAGAUUAUGGUUUGGGUUAAAAUAAGGAUGUUUGUUACGCAACUUAAGUAACAUACGUGAGUUAAGUACGUUAAGUUAAAUGUUAAUGCUAUUAACUUGAAAUGAAAUGAGUAUGCAAAUUAAAAUAAGUCUGAGUUGUUUUUGGUUUCCCACGGGACAUGAACAGCAGUCUCCUGGGUGAAAAUUAUAUCUUGGUUUGACCACACACACACACACACACACACACACACACACACACACGCAGCUCUUUGAUAUAAUCUGGUUUAUAGUGCUCCUCUAAAAGCAAGGCAACAUGACGCAUGCACACACACACACACGCACACACACACACACACACACACACACACACGUACAUAUGUAUAAUAUAGUUCCCUCAGAUACCCCUUUUGUUAAAAGGGUUCCCAAUAGCUUGUUCUAAUGUGGUUUCUAGUCGUCGUGGGGUCCAUGAUUAAACACAAAUAACACACACACACACACACACACACGCACGCACACACACGUAUCUGGGCUCACUGAGAUGCUGAGUUCUGAAUCUUAAUGAUUUUUUCUCUUUUUUUGUUAUGAUG